AUCCCCGGGCCAUACUGCCACUAACACCCAUCCCUCAAACUCCAACUCGCUCGGCCCAAGACCUACAUACAACAGCAACACACAUGUAUGGGGUGGAGUAGGGCAGUGUUAGACAAUGGACUCCCUCCCCCUCGAAAUCCUCACCAAAAUUCUCCUCAACCUACCGCCAAACCCCUCGGACAGGCUGGUCUGCCGCGCAUUCAAGGACAUUCUUACCCCGGGCUGCUUCCGCCGGAUCCGCACAGUUCAGUUCGCCAAAGACGCCUUUGACCGGCUGGUGAACCUCUCGCAGAGCGAGGUCUCGCGGUACGUGGAGGAUUACGAGUACCUUGUUCAUCCGUUGGCUUAUCGACGUACGUAUUGCACCCCCCCACACGCACAUACACACUUAUAUAGUCUACACACCCGUUGCUACUGCUACCCCUCCGCAUAAGAAAAUGCUGACUGAUGGAUGGGUGGUUGGUAAAGCAAACAUACAUGCCGUCGACAACUUGAUAUGUCUGGAGAAAACCUACCCUACGAGAAACCAAACUCUGGAUGCCAUGGCCGAGAGCCUCGUCCAGCGGCACGAGGAGUACCUGCACCAAGAGGACAUCCUGGGAACCUUCUACGAUGUCCUCUCGCUCAGCAAAGCCCUGCCGCUCUUCCGCAGCCUGCGCUCCGUGUCCAUCUCACGCUUCGACUCGGCCGACGACGCACCCCAGGAAUACGAGGACACCAUGGAGCGUGCCUGGUGGGCCGUGAUAAAGGCACUGAACAAAUGUGACUACCCGGUCGAGCGGCUGCAUAUCGAUGCGGUGUACGAUGGCAUGCUGCACGGCGUGCCCCUAUCCAAGAUGGCGCAGGUGUACGAGGUGCUUGGCGAGUUGAAGGAACUGUCGGUCCCCGCCAUCUCCCUCGGCAGCGGGGCCUUCCUUCGCCCGGGGCACGUGGCGCUUAAGGUCUUGCUAGGGUCCGGGCGGAAUCUGGAGGUUGUCAGGCUGGGAAAUUCUAACCAGCUGAGGAUGGAUCUGGUGAAUGAGGACCUGGGAUUCCUCUGGCCAUGUUUGCGGGUCUUGGAUUUGGCGGCUAAUACCGAAGUUGAGGCUGGAGAUUUCGUUGCAUUUCUGGAGCUGCACAGCAGCACUCUGAGGGAGCUGACGUUGACGAAGUUUGGCCUUGUGGGGAGGGCGGAGGAUGGCACGCAGUGGGCUUGGGGACGGAUAUUCGAGAGGUUACACCAGAGCUUGACCUUGACCAAGCUGACGCUAUCCCAUUUACAAGCACCCUCAAGCUUGCCCGCCGUCACGAUAGACGAUAUGAGGGAAUGGGAGCGGACGGUGCCCAGGUCACAGGAGGAGAUUGCGGUGGAUUGGUAUUAA